AUGUUUGUGACUGAUAUUCGGAAAGAAUUUUAUGACGUUGUUGUCAACCAGCGGGUCGCGCUCUUGGUAUCGUCAGAUAUCGACGCUCUGUGUGCGUGCAAAAUAUUGCAAGCCUUAUUCCACUGUGACCAAGUUCAGUACACCCUGGUGCCGGUGACAGGCUGGCAGGACUUGGAAACUGCGUUCCUGGAGCACAAGGAGCAGUUCAGCUAUUUCCUGUUGAUCAACUGCGGAGCGAAUGUUGACCUGCUGGAGACGCUGCAGCCUGACGAUGACUCUGUUUUCUUCAUCUGCGACACGCAUCGGCCGGUGGACGUGGUGAACGUGUAUAAUGACACACAGAUUAAGUUGCUCAUCAAGCAAGAUGACGACCUAGGUGUCCCUGCCUAUGAUGAUAUCUUCAGAGACGAGGAGGAAGAGGAGGAAGGGGAAGAUUCUGGAAAUGAGAGCGAUGGUGGCUCAGAGCCUUCUGGGAAAAGGAGGCGUUUUGAUGAGGGCGCUUUGGAGAGGAGGAUUGAGCGGCAGAGGGAGCGACGCAGUUGGGAAGCCCGGAGGAGGGAGAUCUUAUUUGAAUAUGAACAAUACGAGUAUCACGGAACUUCUUCUGCCAUGGUGUUAUUUGAGCUUGCAUGGGUCAUGACUAAGGAUACCAAAGAUAUGCUGUGGUGGGCCAUUAUUGGGCUGGUGGAUCAGUGGGUGCAUGAUAAAAUCACUCAUAUGAAGUAUGUAACUGAUGUAGCCAAACUGCAGCGUCACGUCUCGCGACACAACCACCACAAUGAAGAUGAGGAGAACUCCCUGUCCAUCGACUGCAUGAGGAUCUCCUUUGAGUACGAUCUGCGUUUAGCCCUCUAUCAGCACUGGUCUCUGUACGAGAGCAUUUGCAACUCCUGCUACACCUCCUCCUGCUUCAAACUCUGGUCUAUGCAUGGCCAGAAGAAGCUGCAGGAGUUCCUUGCUGACAUGGGCCUUCCCCUUAAGCAGGUCAGGCAGAAGUUCAGCUCCAUGGACAUGUCCAUCAAAGAGAACUUGCGGGAGGUCAUAGAAGAAUCUUCCAGUAAAUACGGAAUGAGAGAUAUCCGCAUCCAGACAUUCGGAGUCCAUUUCGGCUUCAAGAACAAGUUCCUGGCCAGUGAUGUGGUGCAUGGUGCUGCCGCCCUGCUGGAGAACGUAGAGAAGGAUGAGAGCGGCAGCGACAACUUUAUCAAGGCUCUGGACUGCCUCUCCAGGAGUAAUAUAGAUCGCCUGCACCGGGGCAUCGAUUUAGCCAAGAAGAAGCUGAUGGCUAUCCAGCAGACUGUGGCCAGCUGCAUCUGUACCAACCUCAUCCUUUCCCAGGGACCUUUCCUGUACUGCUACCUGAUGGAGGGGACCCCAGAUGUGAGGCUGUUCUCCAAGCCCAUGGCUCUGCUGCUGCUCAGCAAGUACCUGCUGAAGGCCUUUGUUCGCUCGACUAGGAACAAGCGUUGCAGGCUACUCCCACUGGUCAUGGCCGCUCCUCUGGACGUGGAGAAGGGGACAGUCAUAGUGCUCGGGAUUCCACCAGAGUCUGAGACGUCUGACAAAAAGAAUUUUUUUGGCAGGGCGUUUGAGAAGGCUGCAGAGAGCACCAGCUCCAGGACGUUACACGACAACUUCGAUAUGUCCAUUAUUGAGCUGAAGAUGGAGGACAGGAGCAAGUUUCUGGAUGCACUGGUCACCCUGCUGUCCUGAAGGUCUUUGUUCUGGAAAGUUUGUCUGUUUAUUUUUGUGUUUUUAUUUUUGUGUUUGUGUGGGGUUGUUUUUUUUCCCAUUUUUAAUCUGUUUGU